AUGAAAAAAUUGACUGAAAAAUGGCUCAAUAUUUUUCUAAUGGUUGUUCAUUAUGUAUUUGAAGUGGAUUCACAGCUGCGAUCUUUCUCCAAUGUUGGAAAUAUUGUUAUGGAACAAGACCCUCGAGACCAGGAUCCAUUCUAUCGUAAUUAUUAUGCAAGAGCAGAAGGAAUGUCAUUGGCAGCAGUGAAUUCAGUCGUCCAUAAUGUAAAACAUCAAUCGGAAGGGCAAUUUACGAUAUGGGAUGAGUUACCAUCUCAUAGAGUUCGUCCAGGAUAUACUACAACAACAAAACGUCCAAAAACUACAACGACUACAGUACCAUGGGUUCGUGGAAGACAUCGACCACAAUUAGGUCAACAACAGGCUCCAUGGUAUCAAAACGACCCUGAUAAAUAUGACAACGGGUAUGGAACGGAUUACGAUGAUGAUGCAUAUCGUCCUCCAUCAAGAACCAGAGGAAGAAGACCAACUGGAAGCAGAGGAAGACGUCCACCAGCACCAACAGCUCCAGUUAGAGUUCAAGUUGGAAAAGGAGAUGAAUUGGUGGAAAACGAAGACGGCGGAGGUUUUGCUGCUAUAGAAGAAGGUGUCAAAGCAGAUGUCGAUGCUGAAGGAUUGGCAAAACCAGAAGAGGGAAUGAAAAUGGUAACGACUACUGAGAAACCUACUACACAAACUGUAGCAAAGACAACUGCAACGACAAAAAAGAUUUUGGUAAAAAAGAAAGAGAAAGAAGACGAAAGUGAAGGAUCCAAAGAUGAGAAUCCUCGUCAUCAAAUCUACAAUCAGGUACCGUAUCCAGAUGAUCAUGGAUACACUCAUUCAAUGACUCCUACUACGCCAACUCAUCCAGCAGAGACAAUUGGAGAUGACUACCAUUCAUUUGAAAACAUGGAUUGCAAAGAAGUACGAGAAGACAAGACUGAUGAAGAUGGUGAAAGUGAAGAGAAACCAAAAACCAAAAAAUCUAAGAAAUCUAAAAAAUCCAGAAAGAAAAAAGACAAGAAGACGAAGAACAAAAAGAGAAAAGGGAAUAAGGAAAAUAAUGUCAGUCUGGAUUAUCUGACUUCUAAAGAAAAAAUAGAUGAAGGUAUGAGGAAUCGAGGUCACAUUUUGAAUGAACUGCAUGGCACAGAUGACGAAGAUCUAAAGAAGAUUCGGAAAAAUACGGAACCACAGGAGAAUGGAAUCGAUUGCUCCACCGCUGUUGACGAGUUCCCCCUGAAAUGUGGGGCAUGGAAAUCUGCGGGAUUCUGUGAAACCAAUCAAGCCACUCAGUUUUUAUGGUGUCGCAAAACAUGUAUUUGCUCCUUAAUGCACAUAAGAACAACAUCAACUUCUUCGCCGAACUCUCGAGAAUAA